AGUAGCAGCUUUUUCAGCUUCAAUUACAUAUCCAAGUAAACAAAUCUUCACUUCAAUUCCUCGCCAUGGCAUUCAAAUACGUCCUGUUGUCCCUCUGCGCUUUGGUUGCUGCAUCGAAUGCUGGCUAUUUGGCUGCUCCCGCCGCCAUUCCGGUGGUAGCCAAGGUGGCUCAGCCUCAUUUCGAUGCUGUUGGCACCACCCAACAGAAUGUGGUCCGUUCAUUUGGCGGCACUGUGUCCACCUAUUCGAAAAACGUGGUCACCCCAUAUUCGAGUGUUAGCAAAGUCGAUUCCCGCAUCACCAACAAUGUCUACACACCAAAGACUUUGUACUCGGCUCCCGCUGUUGUGACCAAAUCGAUCUAUGCCGCUGCUGCUCCAGCUCCAAUUGUGGCCAAGACCGUGUAUGCUGCUCCUGCUCCAGUUGUGGCCAAGACUGUCUAUGCUGCUCCAGCUCCAGUUGUUACUAAGGCUGUGUAUGCCGCACCCGCUCCAAUUGUGGCCAAGACUGUCUAUGCUGCUCCUGCUCCAGUUGUGGCCAAGACUGUCUAUGCUGCUCCAGCUCCAGUCGCCUAUGCUGCUCCUGCUCCCGUUGCCUAUGCUGCCCAUGCACCAGUUGCCGUCGCUCCAGCUGCCUAUGUCAAGUACUCACCUGCCGCCGUUGUGGCUCAUGCCAGUUUCGAUGGCUUCGGCUCCCAUUGGGGCUACUAA